UGUAAAAAUUUCCAACUCUGAUCGAUGAACAACCGACCGUCUGCCGAUCGACCGAAAAAUUUGUAUUCGCUAACGCAAUUGGCAACCGGUUGCCCAACUGUCAUUGAAUGCAGUUUUUGCGACCGAAACAGCGCCACCAGCAAUCGAGUAGCAACCGGUGGCAUUAAAGUGACAUACGAUGGUAAACAAUCGUCCUGUUUAUAAAUCGAAAAAUGAUAAAUACAUCGUGCAUCGUGAUUGUGAAUCUAGUUUUGUUGAACAUUGAACACGUUAGUAUACAGGGUGUAAACAAAUUCAUCCUCAUUUAGCUAAGGACAGUGUUGGGCUUGGAAGGAGAUCAAAGAAGAUAAUUAAUAGGAAAUGGGACGAAUUAGCGAUAUAUCUGAAUACUCAUGGAUCUGGAGCUACAAAAAAUGGACAAUGCUGGAGAAGG